AUGUACUUCAACUCAUUCAUUAAACGCAUAUUUACUGUGCCAGGCACCAUGCUGGGUGCCCGAGACAUUUCAAUAUGUUUUAUUCGUCCUUAAUGAAAAAUGGAGCGGGGACGAUGGGGGGUGGGGGCGCGGUCUGGAGAACAGUGAGAUGGGGGAUUUUCCACAGAGGCGGUUAUCUACAAACAAAUACACAAGGAACGAAUACCCAAGGCUGAAUAUUACUGAACUGAGAAUCUAGGUGAGUGAUAAAGGCCCUAAGAACCCAGCUCCCAAAGGCUGGACACUGCCCAAGUCCCUGUCUGCUCCACGGGCAGGUCUUUUAAAGAGGGAAAGGGGGCAUUCACAGCCAUCCUCCGAAGGGGUUGUGGGUCCAAGGCACGGUCAGGCUGCCCAGCUCCUCACUGUAGCUAAUUCCGCCCCAUUUUCCAGCAGCAUCACUAACUCAGUACUUCUGCAGGAAUUUUGGCCCUCUCUCUCCUAGAAAGAGUCUGCUAAAAUACACUUAACUCUCCUAUAUCUCCGGUUUUCUUCCGAGUUUUUCAAAAGACAGAGUUCAGGGGAGGAAGGCAUCAAGCCUAACCGGGGUGGAAUUCCCUGUUUGCAAGCGGUGCCCGCCCGGGCUAGAGGGCAGGCUGUCUGCUCACUCUUCCAAACCCAAUCUUUGAACCCUCCUCAGCACCGGAGGGGAGGAAUGUGCGGAAGCAGCAUAAAGCCAGGUGGACUUUCAGGUUUAGCACGUGAAGGGCCUAGAACAAGACUGUAGGGGAAAAUCAGACAAUGAGAGGGAAAAGGUGAAGCUUAAGGGGACUCCGGAAAAAUUCAACACCCCCGCAGGGUUUCAAACAAUCCCCAGGAAAGUUCUUUUGAGAGAUCACAAGACAAAACUAGGCAAACAGAUGCCUCCGUUUUAAAAGAGAUUGUGAGCAGCUUGAGGCAGCAAUGAAACCUGACUCCGGGCCAGGAGAGCCUAGGGUCGAUCCACCGGAGCGCGCAGGCAGCGAGGGGUGCUCGGCGGGGGCCAAGCGGGGCCCGCUGGCAGCUCGUUCUGCCGCCGCAGAGCCGCCGGGAAUGGGGACUCGCCUCGCUGCCUGGGGGAGGAAUAACCCCAGGGACCCGCCUCCCCGGGUUCAGAGAGCCGGGCAGGUCCGGAACGAAUUCCCCGGACAGGAGAUCCCCAGUCUCCGCCGAGAGAGGCUCCUCCCCGCCUCGCCGCGGCCAGUCCGCGCCCGCGUCCCCGCUUACUUUUGGUCGCAGCGAUGAGGUUCUUCCCGUCCUUGAUGAGCUCUUUGAUGAACUUGUUGGUCCUCUCGAGUUCCGCUUCGUGAGCGCGGAUCCUCUCCCGGAACCACGGGCUGUCGAGGUAGCAGUCGCUGAACUCCAGGGGCUGCAGCCCCAUGACUGCAGCGGUCCCGGCGCGGUGCGCUCGCCGCGCGCUACUGCCCGAGCCGAGCUCCGAGGCCGCUGCCAGGUGCGGCGCCGCGCGUUCGGGGAGCCCGCAGGAGCUAGCAGGCCCGGGCGCGCGGCGAGCGAGGAGCGGACAUGUCCCACAGAGCCAAGUCCUGCAGAGCGGAGGAGCGGCCGCCGAAGCCGAGACCAGCGCGAGCCGCGGCGCCCCAAUCCCGGCAGCCCCCGCCAAGCCCUGAGCGCCCGCGGCCCCGCCCCGCCCGGCCCCCGCGCUCCAGACACUCCCCGAGGCGCCGCCCGGCCCGGCCCGCGUUCUCGUUCGCCCCCUUCUCUUUCCUCCGCCUUCCUUCUUCCUCCCUUCCCUUCCCGGGACUGCUCUUCCCCACGAGCAACUGCCCCUCCUCUUCCUUGCGAGGCGUCCUCGGGCUAGAAUCUCGCCCCGCGGCUCGCGCGAGCCCUCCCCUUCGCUUGGGCUCCCGGGGCCGGGGUGACUCACAGUCGGCUCCCGGCUGCAGGGAAUCCGACCCGGACGGAGAAGGAGCGUCUUAAUUGCAGUUAAGUCCCCGCAGGCGAGCGACCUAACUCAGAGGUGGCUGCCUUGCAGGAGAUGAUUGACUCAUUUAUCUCAUUUAUCCUGGGACGCCCCGCAACCCCCGAGCUGGGAACGAAGUCGCACAGGGGGCUCUUUUCGUAUCCCGGUUCCCUUCCCCGUUUAAAGUGAGAUGCGUGGUAAAUCUCCGCUUGAGAUCGAAGCCUUACAAAGGCAAGAGAGUUUUCUGGGUAGCCCAGCAGCUUCUAUUACACUCCUCUGCGUAUCCACACUAAAUGACUUAGGUGAAGGGAGAGGGUGGCUAAACCACAGAAAAGUUGUUUCUGUUGUGUUCAGCAGAUUAAAUUUGCUUGGGUAGCUAGAGAUGAUCUUUAUUAUUCUAAAAAUAACCACCGGAAAACAUGCCAGGUAACGUGUGGUUUUCACCGCGUGGGGUCACGAUCACUGAGAAUUUAUGCCAGUGCCCUCAAAAAGCCUAUUUUGUGUGUUCCGUAACAACUCCAGUGUGUCCCCAAAAAAGUUAAGGCAUUUGAAAGUGUUGAAAUGUAUACCUUAGGCCACACGCGGUGGCUCACACCUGUAAUCCCAACACUUUGGGAGACCAAGGCGGGUGGAUCACCUGAGGUCAGGAGUUCGAGACCAGCCUGGCUAACAUGGUAAAACCCCAUCUCUACUAAAAAUACAAAAAUUAGUUGGGUGCGGUGGCACGUGCCUGUAGUCCCAGCUGAGGCAGGAGAAUCGCUGGAACCCGGGAGGUGGAGGUUGCAGUGAGCCGAGAUCGUGCCACUGCACUCCAGGCUGGGCGACUGAGCAAAACAA